AUGAAGGUUAUAAGCAUUCUCCAAGUCCUAUUCCUUGUUGCGUUGGCCAUUUGUGUCAAAGCUGCUCGAGCUCAGAGUGAAGGCGGAGCUCCCACCGACUCAGAACUCGAUAGCAGUAUUGAUCAGAGGCUUGGCGAGUCUGACAAUCAGAAGAGAUGGAGGUUUAAGUACCCGGUCGCCGUGCGUAAGAACGAGAGAGAUGUCCCUGGUGCUAGGUUCUACUAUCCGUCUAUCAAGAAGCGACAAAGUCUGAACAGCGACAUGGAUACGGAGGCAGAAGAUUCCUGGAAGAUCUUCCAGCGAUCCCAAGGCCGGCAGAUGGAUCAUUGCAAGUGGCACGUUAAUCUUUGA